CAAGAGUGUUUGCAUAGGGCUUCCACUACCCUGAAGGUGCCGACAUGCCGGCCCCGUUCUGGACCGACAUGGGGGCCUGUUACCUACCCAACAAAAGCUAUAAUUGUCUGACGGAAACCAUAGACAUAGUACACAAGCGACCUGUGCCACUUACGGAAGGCUCUCUCUACACGGCUUCGGCACCUACCAUCCUGGGAAAUAAUCCCCGAAAUUGGUAGGGGACUGGGAUUGCCACACUCGGGACACCGACACUCGUACACCUGUACAGAAGCACUGGUACUUCGUACUUGCAGCAAGACUUGGUGGCAAGUUUUGACCGUGGUGUCAGAGGCUACGCCUCGCUGGGGUUAACCGGAAACGAAACGCCCACGGGGCCAGCCUUGAUCAGGCGCAAAAGGUAUGGUGGUUAUCAUGAACAUAAUUUAUCUUACACGUAUAUGACGCAUACGUAGAGGCUGCAGUAAGCGUCGCACCGAACCCACGUGACUGACGAAUUACGACACCAUAAACUUACAGCCGAAUUUCCAGUUACAGCUUACAGGCUAUCCUUGACCUUGUCUAUUGUGAGGACCUAUUCACUCACUGGCGUCUUACGUCUCUUUGGCUUUGCACAGCUGCUGGUUCCGGCGGUUGGGCGGGCGGCAAGCGACGGACAAGCCUGCCUAAGGAUUUUAUGCAUAUGCUAUCUGUGGUCUCAUUAGUAAUUUGUUGGUAAAACUUUAAGACUGUAGCUUUUUAAGUUGCCUUCUGUGGAAGCUAUACCGAUAUUUGGAGCGGAUGUUGAGGGAUGGCAGGGCCCGCUCGCACAAGCUCAACUGCCGGAUUCGCAAUUUUAGGCAUGCAUACGGAUUACGCUUUUAGUGGUUAGCUCCAUUCAGUGGAUGCGCCGAGGAACAGAGCUCGCCAGGGCGACCAACGAUGGCAGCAGCAGGGCAGGAUGCAUAUGGCAAAGUUCACAGCGGGCGGAAUCUUGGCUUCAAUCCUAGAAACGGCAAAGUCAUUGUCGCAUCUGACUUUAAGUCGAUCGAAGUGACUGCCGAAAUGCGCGCUGGCGUGUUCGCGCCCGCCCUGGCACGGCUUCCAAGUGCCGAAACGUGCGCGCAGCUUGACCUAAAAUUUAUUGCCCGGGGCAAGCAACACCCGGCCAGGCUGUGCAAGUCAUCAGGCACCAGACCGCGAGUGCGCAUCUACGGAACGCCCGAGGUCAUGCGGACCCUAGGCGCCAAGGUGGGCGACGUCAUCGUGUUUGCGCCGGUGCCCGACAGCGAUUCCACUUUCAACGUGAGCACUCGGUCCGUCGCCGGCGCCGCCAGUGCGGCUGACACGACGGGUGCCGAUGGCGGCGGCGCUGCUACAGCCAUGUUUGCUGGCUCCCGCACAGCAGCGACGGCGAUGGAGGAGGAGGAGGAGGAGGAGGAGCGGACAGCACGCAGCGACGGCAGCGGCGAGGCGCGCGAAGGUAUGCCGCCGACGUCGGCCGGCGCCGCCGCCGCUGCGUCUGGCCACUCCUUACGUCUUCCACCUGCCGAACGACCCGGGGGUCUCAUCAGCCACCUGCACGGCUACCUGCCGCCGCAUGUCAGCCUGCCAGAAGUGCAGCCAGAUGAGCUGCAAGUGUGCGGGCUGGUUUUCCACCCGCGCAUCAAGGACCAUGCCGUACGAAGCAUGGACGACUGGCUGGCUGCCCGGGGCUGUCCGUUACGGCGGUUGGAUGUCGUACAACAGCAAAUGCAGAUCUCGGGCAUUGACGGCGCAGCAACCGGCGGUGGCGCAGCCGCCACCGCCAAAACACCGCCACCGCAGCCACAACCGCCUUGGGUUACUCCUUUCCAACAACGCAAGCUGCGGCGAAACAUCAUCUGCAACAAUCUAGCGCGGUUACUGGGCCUGACGGGUGACAAAGGCGCCGCCGACGCACCAUUGCCCAAAGAGGCUAGGUGGCUGCUGAGUGCAGUACGGAUCUGCUCCGACCGCCGCCGCGGAGGCAUCGGUCUGGCGGCGGCAGCGGACAUCAAGAAGGAUGUCGUACUCGGAGUGGUUGCCGGUUAUGUACUGCCCACGGCGGACCGUACAGAGCUGCUGUCGUACGCGUCGUGCAGUACGGCAGUUAAGGAGGAGUUGAAGCGUCGCGUCGAUGCGGCGGCGGCGCGAGACGCGUGGAGCUUCCUAGCGGAGGCGUUUCAGAUGCCGUACGCUUGGCCCAUAGGUCGCCAGCAUGAAGGGCAGGGGCAGCGGCAUCAGCCGCCCGCUCAGGAAGGCACCUCGAGGCAACCGCCAGGGGCAGCCUCGGCGCCGCCUCCUGCCGUGGUCUCCAUGGUGGGCUACGGCAACCUUGCAGCGCUCAUAAAUGACCCACGGGUCGAUAUGCGAGGCGAAGAUGCCGAC